CAAACAUCGUAAUGAUGAUGAUGAUCAUGAUGAUAAUAAUGAUGAAGAUCAACAUAAAAAUAAUAAUGAAACAAUUACAAUGUUACAUUCCAAAAGUGCUAGUCUAAUUUUAUUAUUCAAAUAUAUCAGGUCAAUACGUUUUUUAUUGUUCCUAUUAUUUGUAAUAUUAUUUGUGAUACAAUUUAAAUCUGGUCCAUUCAAUUAUAUGCCUACAAAUUAUUAUCAUUAUCGUGGACAAAUUAAUAACGACAACUCCAAUAAUAAUCAAUCACAAUCACAAUCAUCAUCAUCAUCAUCAUCAUCAUCUGAGACAUUUGAAAUUCAUACAAUCAUCAAUGAUGAUUUAUUUGCUUCAAAAAUGAAAAUAAAUACAUCAUCAUCAACAACAGACAAUCAAACCGGUAGCAUUGAUAGUCAAAAAAUGAAUUCCAUCAUUAUGCAACAAAAACAACAAUCCAGUUUAUCAUCAUCGAAUAUUAAUGAUAAAAUUAUCAUCAAUUCAAUUACAUUGAUCAAUUCAAGUACAUUGCCUAAUUGUCCGUUGGUUCCACCAAAUCUAGUUGGCCGAUUAAAAGUGUUAAUCAAUCCACCACCAAUGGAAGAGCUUGAGACAAUGUUUCCACAAGUAGAAAUUGGUGGCCGAUUUAGACCUAAACAAUGUCAUAGUAAUAGCCGUGUCGCAAUCAUUGUUCCAUAUCGUGAUCGUGAAUUUCAUUUACGAACAUUUUUGCUCAAUAUUCAUCCAAUGCUCAUGCGACAAAAUAUCGAUUAUGGCGUUUAUAUUGUUGAACAGCUGGGAAACAAAUCAUUCAAUCGAGCUAAAUUAAUGAACGUAGGAUUUUUGGAAGCAUCAAAACAAUAUCCAUAUGAUUGUUUUAUAUUUCAUGAUGUUGACCUAAUUCCUGAAGAUGAUCGUAAUCUUUAUACUUGUCCGGAACAGCCUAGACAUAUGUCUGUUGCUAUUGAUAAAUUUCGUUAUAGAUUACCUUAUAAAGAUAUAUUCGGUGGUGUCAGCGCAUUGAAUAAAGAACAAUUUAUCAAAAUUAAUGGAUUUUCCAAUGAAUUCUGGGGCUGGGGUGGUGAAGAUGAUGAUAUGUCAAAUCGUAUACGUCAUUAUGGUUAUAAAAUUAGCCGUUAUUCAAAUGAUAUUGCAAGAUAUAAAAUGUUAAAACAUAAAAAUACAUCACCAAACGCUGAAAGAUUUAAAAAAUUAUAUAAUGGCUGGAGACGUUUUAAAACCGAUGGCAUUAACAAUAUCCAUUAUGAUAUUGUGGAUUUAGUAUUUAAAAAAUUAUAUACAUGGAUUUCUGUUGAAUUGUAUGCACCAAUUGAUGAUAAUCAUAAUAAAAAACAUUCUUCAGGAUGAUUUUGAUUUUACUACUGUGGUACCGGUUUAUCAAUAAUUCAUUCAUUCAUUCAUUUUUUUUGUUACACCUGUUGUACAUACAUUGUGAUCAUCAAAUACAAAAAUUUUUUCUACAUUCACCUGAUAAUGACAUUGUUUUCAUAUUGAAUUACAAAUUGAAUAUAUUUUGGAAUGUGAUUAUAAAACUGAAAAAAAACUAAAAACAACAACAACAACAAAAACCAGAAUUCUUUCAUUAGCCUGUUGAUUGAAUCAUUUUCAAUGUUCAAAUAUUUAUUCUAAUUUAUCUGAUCUACUACUAUUAUAACAUUUUGAAACUCUCUGUUGCCAUAUUUUUUUUUAUUUUCACCAUCAAAUACACAAACAAACAAACCCACACUCAUACACACACACACACACACACGGGCGCGCACAGAAUAUUCUGUAUACUGAACAAUCAAAUGGACAAAAAUUCAUUCGAAUUAAAAAAAUGUUUAUUUAUUGA